UUACUGUCUGCUCAGCCUGCAGCCCGUGCCUGCACUCGGACGGCAGUAGCGCGCUGUGAAAGUGGAUUUGGAUGACGAGUUCAUCAAUGAUGCAUAGAGCUUAACCUUUUGACUCCUGGCUCGAAUUUGACCUGACAUACACGGGCAGCGACAGCGAUGGCGAAGCUGUCACCGUUCGCGCGAGCCCGCUGGCGACUCAGACAAUGGUGUUUGUUACUACAAGUCACACAAUUGGUCAUCGCGGUUCAGCCAGGAGGAGUGGGCCAACUUGGCGGCCAACAGCAGGAGCGGCCGUGGCAGCUGGGAGAGGACACCCCUGUGCAGACUCGUUGCGCGAAGACCAAAGGCACGUGGUGCACGGAUUUCUUCGGCCAAGCGCCUGUCACCUGGAAGACCGCGCCGCGCGGGUCGACCGAGUGCGAGGGCGGCUGCAACAACGUGGGGCGCUGCAACUACGACACGGGCUACUGCGACUGUGCGGCGGGGUGGACGGGGCCGGGGUGCAAGACGCGGCAGAAGCGGCCGUGCACCAACCACUUCCGGACGCCGGAGGACCCCAGCACCGAACCCAGGUCGCACAUCGGUCCGGACAAGCGGGACUUGAAUUGGACGGAGCCUGGCGUCACGCCCAGCCGCUGCUACGGCGUGUGCGAUGAUGACUUGGGCUUGUGCUACUGUGACGGGCCGCUGGGGCGCAUCCCCGCACCCGACGACGCGCCGCCCGGCACACCGCCGCGGCGGCGGGGCCGGCCGCUUAUGAACCAGUUUGAGCAGCCCACCACGACGUACGACGGCAAGCCCACGUGGGGCGGAGGGACACCCUAUGAGAAGGUGUACGGACCGGAGGGCUACUGCAAUGUGACCCAUUCGCCUUGGAAGCCCAAUUGCGGCGGGCCCGAGGACCUGGGCGGCGACUACUGCGACCAGCCCAACGAGGCAUUCUGCCCGGGCGGCUGCAGCGGGCAUGGCGCCUGCAACCUGGGCUUCUGCAUCUGCGAUGAGGGCUAUUAUGGCCACGACUGCGCGCGGCGCAAGGCUGGGAUGCCGCUGCUGCCCAGCCGCAUCCCCACCACGCCCUGGCUGUCACGGGAGGUGCACGAGCCGCGGGCAGCGCUGGAGCCGCCACCCAGCGCCACCCGCCGCCGGCCGCUGAUCUACGUGUACGACAUGGAGCCGCUGUACAACGCCAAGAUGCUGCAGUACAGGUUGGCGUCCGCCUGGUGCACGCACCGGUUCUACACCAGCGGCAACGGGACUGCCUACUCGCCGUGGUGCUAUGGCGUGGAGAGCGGCCUGCACGAGUACCUGCUUCUGAGUGAGCACCGCACGUUUGACCCCGAAGAGGCCGACUUCUUCUACGUGCCCGUGUACAUCUCCUGUCUCAUCUGGCCCGUGCUCAACUACGCCGAUUUCCCCGUCUUCUACAGCAACGGAGGCACGCGUGUGAUGCAUGCCGUGAACAUGCUGUCCGAGGCGCGUGACUGGAUCGACGCCAACUACCCGUUCUGGAAGCGGCGGGGCGGGCGGGACCACAUCUGGACCUUCCCACACGACGAGGGCGCCUGCUGGGCACCCAACUCCAUAGUCAGCUCCAUCUGGCUCACGCACUGGGGCCGCAUGGAUCCGGAUCACACGAGCAAAUCAAGCUUCGACGCAGACAACUACACCAGGGAUUUCGUGAGCCCCCGCCAGCCCAAGGGCUACACACAUCUCAUUCAGGGGCACGGGUGCUACGAUCCAAAAAAGGACCUGGUCAUCCCCAUCUGGCGCCCGCCGCUGCACUACGCGCGCAGCCCGCUGCAGGGAGCGCCCGCCAAGCCGCGGGACAUCUUCCUGUUCUUCCGGGGGGACGUGGGCAAGAAGCGCAGCAUGCUAUACAGCCGCGGCGUGCGGCAGAAGAUCUACAACAUGAGCAUCGCCAACAACUGGAGGCAGAAGUACAACGUGUUGGUGGGCGACGGCCAGGAUGUGCAGGGGGACUACUCGGACCUGCUGUCGCGCUCGCUCUUCUGCCUGGUGGCCACAGGCGACGGCUGGUCAGCGCGCACCGAGGAUGCAGUGCUGCACGGCUGCAUCCCGGUCGUGGUGAUUGACGGUGUGCACAUGAAGUUUGAGACGCUGUUUGACGUGGACUCCUUCUCCAUUCGCAUCCCUGAGGCCGACGUCGCCAACAUACUCACCAUCCUGAAGGCGCUGCCGGAGGAGCGUGUGCGCGCCAUGCAGGCCAACCUGGGUCAGGUCUGGCACAGGUACCGCUACGCCGACCUGCCCGGCAUCGCCGACACCACCCGGGCCACCCAGGCCAGCAACGCCGCCGACCCGCUGGUGAGGGAGGCGGCGGAGCUGAGCAAGUCGGCAGAGCCGCGCUUCCCGCGGCCCUUCCGCGGCGACCCCGCGGUGGAUGACGCGUUCGCCACCAUCAUCCAGUGGCUGCACUCGCGGAUACCCGACACGCGGUGAGCGUGGCGCGUGACGAGGCAGUACGGGGGUGCUUGGUACGGUAAUGGGCGUGCCGGGCAGGUCGCCAUGCAUGGAGGAUUGGGAUACAGAGCGUGGCGAUAAAGUGGUUAGGUGGUGUUGGGCUGUUUAUGCCUGGGUAGGCGGACGCGUGGUGCCGUGCGUGGUGCUGCUUUGCGCAAUACCAGUAACAAGUAUAGGGAAUGCGAGCGUGUGCGUGCUUAAGAGUAUUACUGUGUAUUAUUACUUGAUGGGGGCAUGCAUAGGAUGCGUGUUAGAGUAGAUUUCAGUAGACGAGGUACGCAGGAAUUGGCAGGAUGGGCAUCCGUAAAUCUUGGAUUCUUUCCGGCGAAGUGGCUGUGCUCAAACCAGGACGGUCUGAUGCUCCAGGCCGGGCUGAUGGUGGCAUGCUGAGUCCCGCCUGGAAGCAACGUGAUACGGUGACAGCUGCAAGCCUGCAACUACUGCUGCAGGGUUUGGCAAGCGGACACGAACUGACAUCAUGUGAUGACGAAGAACGCGUGCGCGCGCGUGCGUGUGCGUGCGUGUACGCAUGUCCAUGACUGCACGCUGAUGCUCUGGCGUCGAUCUGCUACGACUGCUAGUACGGCAUUCUUGGCUUGCCCGUGAGCACUGCGAAGUUUGAACACGGCCAGCCGCGCGCAUACUAACGUAGUUCACCUCUUCCGCACAUUGGCGCUCAAUGCUUAAACCCGUGUGCAACGCGUUGCAGCAGGGUCCCCUGCCGCACUCCGCACUUAUUCCCUACGUUACAGUGUCACCGGUUUUGCGCACUUGCUGCCCACAGCUCAAAGCCCGGGCAUAGUCCCGUGCACACACAUAUCUCUUUACCUAGAAAUUUUCCUAGAAAUUUUCCUAGAAAUGCCAGGCUUUGCCCCCUCUGCAACAAAGGAGUAGAGGAUGAACGGCAUGUUUUACUUGAGUGUGAAGCGUACACGUGUGUCAGAUCAACGUACGGUAUCAACUCUGAUUCAAUGAAGCUGGUUAUGCAAGGUGCUGACCAAUUUAAGUUGGCUUGCUGCGUACGUGAUAUUUGGUCUAAGCGCUGUCUUUUGAUUAGGCAGCACCACGACGGUGCACACGGUGUGCAAGACGCAACUAACAAUCCAGUUCCAGGAGACGAGGGGCCCUUGCGGCUCGGUUAGUCUCGUUGCAGGUAUUAGGAAUGCACACUUCCAAUCCUGUAACACACACACACA